CGCACUAACUGUAGGUCAGGAUUCUGUUAACUGUCAGUCUCAGGUCUCGAUCCUGCUCCCCUUGGCAAAUCUAUGGCUAUAAUCCCGUUUUUUCUUCUCUUUUUGAAAAUGUCGACAGGAGGGAAGGCCUCGGCGACUUUCUUGUCUUCAUAGAACAGUGUGUGCAUGCUGCAGGUGCAAGAUGCGGUGGUGUCCCAGCUCUGUGCUCUACCUGCUGCGCUGUGCAUGGCUACAACUGUACACCAGGCGAGGAAGAAACAGACUGCCUCUGUGGAUUAGGGAAAAAUGGGCUUACGUGAGGCUGCUGGUGCAGUCACUUUACUUUAACUCCCUCACAGACUCAGAUGUGGUUUUUGACUCAAUCUUUGAGCCCGUUUUUUGGACUGUGGAUUAUGUCACCCGCUGGUUUGGCUUGGUGUUUGUUUUUUUGGUGGUGAUCCUAGUCAGCUCCUGCGUGGUGAUCGCCUAUGUGGUCCUGCUGCCUCUGGUCCUCAACACUUACUCCCCUGCAUGGAUUGUUUGGCAUCUUUGUUAUGGAAACUGGAUCAUCAUCAUGAUUGGUUUCCAUUACUACAAAGCUACCAAAACUUCCCCCGGGUUUCCCCCUACAGAAAAAAAUGACAGUCCCUUUGUAGCAGUCUGCAAAAAGUGCAUCAUGCCUAAACCAGCGAGAACACACCACUGUGGUAUCUGUAACAGGUGUAUUCUGAAAAUGGACCACCAUUGCCCCUGGUUGAAUAACUGUGUGGGCCAUUCAAACCACCGUUACUUCUUCUCCUUCUGUCUCUUCAUGACCCUGGGCUGUGUCUACUGCAGUAUCAGUGGAAGAAACCUGUUCCUAGAUGCGUACAAUGCUCUCGAGCGCUUUAAGCAUUUGGAUAUGGAAAAGCCGGGGAUACCAGUAACGGGGAUGGGAAUUCUUAUAGGGCUCCUCCCACCUGGCCAGACCAACUAUCAGACGUCUGCACCUGUGUACACCUUUAAGGAGAAGAUGAUUAAUAAGAGCAUCAUCUACAUGUGGGUGCUCACCAGCACAGUGGGAGUGGCCCUGGGUGCUUUAACCAUUUGGCAUGCAGUUCUCAUAUCCAGAGGGGAAACCAGCAUUGAAAGACAUAUCAACAGCAAAGAGAAAAAAAGAAUGGCCAAACGGGGAAAGGUGUACAGAAACCCUUUUAACUACGGCAGGCUGAAUAACUGGAAAGUCUUCUUUGGUGUGGAGAAGAGAAGUCACUGGGUGACUCGUGUUCUCCUCCCUUCUGGACACGCCCCACAUGGCGAUGGUCUGACGUGGGACGUCUUCCCAGUUAAAAAGGACUUGAUACCUGUAUGACAGACUCUGCUUAGGCAUGCUGAUUGCCUAAUUUGUCAGUCUUUACUUCAUCAACCUACUUUAUCAGGUUGGCUUAAAGAACUCGUGCUUGGUGGCUCCAUGUAACUAGACAUUUGGGGUCAUGUCAACCUCCAGUACCUCAAACACUCACUGUGGCAUCCCACAGUUGACAUUUUUCUGCAAGGAAAUGCAUCAUGAAUGGUUUGUUCUCUAAUGGGUUUACCUUUUCUUACAAGCUUUUUUUUUUUUUAACUUGACUCUGAGCAUUGUGCUAUCAUGGAAUUGGUAUUUUUUUUACAAGCCAGAUAUAAUGACUUCACUGUCUUUGUUGAUUUUUAUUCAGAAAAAAAUAACUAAAAAGAAGAAAACUCGAACUUUGGUGACACAAUGGUUCAUCUCAACACCUCUCGAUCCCAUUUGCACACUUCAGUCCAAUAUUAUCAUUUGAUUUGAACAUUCAAUGGAAUUUGCAUUGCCAUGAUACCGUUAUUUAUUUGUCUUUUAUACCUAUUAAGUUAAUAAAUCUUUAUAACUUUCUUUAUUUAAAUAAUUCUGCACAGUUAAUGUCCAUUUUUAACUAUGUUGCACGGUCACUGUUAAAGAUAUGAAACACAUUUUUUCUGCAAAAACUCUAAAAAGCAUUUUACUCUUCAAAUUUUAAAGUAGGCACCUAUGUCUACUUAACUGCCAGUUACAGUAUUCAGUUUGAUUUUGCACCAGGAUCACUUCAUAAUAAACUGAGCAGACAAAAUCCA